CUGGGUUAUGUCGAACGUGCUGCAAGACUAUGUUUAGGGUCAUUUGUUGACCCAUUUCAGAGUCUAGUAUACGACCUAAGAACCCAUGGAACUAGAAAAUAUAGUUGCAAAUACAGUAUACUUAAAAGCACGGGAAGGCGGUGGUGGAAAACGCAAAGGGAAGAGCAAAAAAUGGAAACAGAUUUUGAAAUUCCCCCAUAUCUCUCAGUGUGAAGAUAUACAGAAUAAGAUUCAGCUGACCAGUAAAUACAUAGUGGACCAGCAGCCAGUGGGGAGGGAAUUGUUCAGACAGUAUUGCCAGACCAAACCUGAAUUAACCAAAGCUAUUCGAUUUCUUGAUGAUGUUAGUGAUUAUGAAGUUACUCCUGACGAAAAGAGGCCAGUUAAUGCUCAAACAAUCCUGGAAACCUAUCUCCUCUCAGAGUCCGUCAAUUACGUCAGCCAUGUCAAUGGGAACAUGGUUGUCGAUUGCAAGGAGGCCAUAGGACAGAAAAAUUUUAGUAAAGAACUCUUUAACCCAUGUGCAGAGGUUAUAAGGGACUACCUCUGUAAGGAACCAUUUCAAGAGUUUUUAAGGUCUAUGUUUUUUAAAAGAUACUUACAAUGGAAAUGGUUGGAAAGUCAACCAGUUACAAAGAACACAUUUCGGAUGUACCGAGUUUUAGGAAAGGGUGGGUUUGGAGAAGUGUGCGCCUGUCAAGUACGGGCUACUGGCAAGAUGUAUGCAUGCAAAAAGCUAGAGAAGAAGAGGAUCAAAAAGAGGAAAGGGGAAGCUAUGGCCCUAAAUGAAAAGCAAAUUCUCCAAAAGGUCAAUUCCAGAUUUGUGGUGAGUUUAGCCUAUGCAUUUGAAACUAAGGAUGCACUCUGCUUGGUGUUGACGAUAAUGAAUGGAGGAGACCUGAAGUUCCACAUCCAUAACAUGGGAAACCCAGGCUUUGAGGAGGAGAGAGCUGUGUUUUAUGCAGCAGAGAUAGCGUGCGGACUGGAGCAUUUACAUAAUGAGAGAAUAGUCUACAGAGAUCUGAAACCUGAAAACAUAUUAUUAGAUGACAAUGGUCAUGUUCGGAUAUCGGAUCUGGGUUUAGCUAUAGAAAUUCCGGAGGGUGAAUCCAUACGCGGACGAGUGGGUACAGUGGGUUAUAUGGCUCCUGAAGUUGUCAAGAAUGAGAAGUACACAUUUAGUCCUGACUGGUGGGGAUUGGGGUGUAUAAUAUAUGAAAUGAUUGAGGGAAAGGCCCCUUUUCGAGCUCGGAAGGAAAAGGUUAAGCGAGAAGAGGUGGAUCGGCGUGUGAGAGAGGACACAGAAACUUACUCUCCAAAAUUCUCAGAUGAUUGUCAGUCAAUCUGUAGGCGGCUCUUAGUGAAGGACCCAAAGGCAAGGUUGGGGUGUGGCCCUUCUUCUACUCCCAAAGACAUUAAGGCUCAUCUGUUUUUCAAAAGCAUAAAUUUUAAACGAUUGGAAGCUGGAAUUUGUGACCCACCAUUUGUCCCUGAUCCACGAGCAGUGUAUUGUAAGGAUGUGUUGGACAUAGAGCAGUUCUCCACUGUCAAAGGCGUGAACCUUGAUCCCAGUGACGAUACUUUCUAUAGCAAAUUCAACACAGGAAGUGUGUCAAUACCCUGGCAGAAUGAGAUGUUGGAGACAGAUUGUUUCAAGGAGCUGAAUCUGUUUGGUCCAAACAACAGUCCCUCACCAGACCUGGUGGAGGAUCUUCCUCCGCCUCCCCCCAGGACCAGCUUCUUUGACAGGAUAUUCAGACGGAGAAGGCCACGAGAAACAAGCUGACAGUAGUAGGCAUCAGUCUAUACGGAGAAAGCCAAGAAGCACACAUGUGCAGGUCGUCAGCUGACUAAGUGCAGGAAUUGGUUCUACCCCACGGGAGGGGAUUUCCCUGUCGGCCCUGCUGAUAGAAGGGUGUGCUGUGCUCAGCCCAUAUUGCUGUCAUGUCAGGCCAGACCCUUCACAAAGGAGAACCUACCAACCCAGUUCAUGACAUUUCCUAUUCUCUCCCUUGUUUUCUCAGUUUUAUUUCUUCUUUUUCAUGACAUGUUGUUACACGAUGUAAAGGGGACUUUGUAGCUUGUUUGUGUGGAUUGGGGCAUGUCCCUGUUCACAUCGGAUGGUACUGCCCUCCUUGGUUGCAAUUUUUCUAGCCGCCAUGGGUGGGGGUGAAUCAUGAGCAGAUCUGGGGAAUUGCGUAUCUUGCCAUAUAGGUGUGAUGUUUGUAGUGGGUGGUGAGUUCAGUGUGAACCUAAGUACUACUAUGUGCACAUUCCUUGUUUCAAGAGGCUGUUCCGUCAAAGGUGGUAGGAUGGGGUGCCUGUUGGUGCCCUAGGGGGGCCCCCAAUACCCCUGGGGAUUCUGACUGUACAUACAUGUAGUGCUUGGAGAUGCUGCCGUCUGACAGGUUAAGGCCAGCUCUGUCUUGUAGCCAGUUUCAUUGAUGUUUUUUCCCUGUGUACAGAAACGACUGAAAUGUGCAUUAAAUUGUCUGUGAAUGUUAACAUUUAUUCCCUGGUGUGAUGUCUGUAAGCUUUGUUUAAGACAGUUAGCUCCCAGCGAGAACCUGACUGUGAACGGUGACUUGGUCACUACCUUCACCCCACACCAUUCCAUGCUGUCCACUUUGAACACAAGUACCUAUACACUGAACAGACUAACUCACAUGGGCUUCCCAUACACAAAUGUUGAGCCAAGUAUAUAGGAAUUUGAGCCACCCUUGCCAAGUUUUUGAAGUAUUGGGCUGUUGAGCCAUAUCUACCUGUGCUGUGGUUGUGAGCUCGUCUUGCUGUGUAAAUGUUGAUCACUUUACAUUUAGGGAAUGUUGAAGGGCAUCUACCUACUCGGCAUGGGUGUAUACAUGAUACCGUACUUGCCUGGCUGAGCUGCUAAUUGAGUAUAUGACUGAGCCAACCAUACAUACAAGUUUCAACAACACACAAAGGUGUUGAAUUAAGAAAAAGGGGCCCGAUAAUCAGCCACCCAACUAACAGCGAACUGGAUGUGGGUUUUCAUGGAACAAUUCAUUGGUGUGAGACACUUCAUGCCAUUGAGCUGUUCUGAUUCAGUGUUGUGUUGAGAGUAAUUUUAGUGUGUGUGUGUGGUUCAUUGAGAGGUUGAUGUGACUAAGGUAUUCCAUUUUGAGCAGUGUUUGUGGAAGAACUGUGGAAAUAUUUCUGAGGGAAUGCAGGGACCGGAGUUUGUACCGUAAUGAGUCUCCACUAUUUACCCAUGUACGUUUGUACAUUCACCCAUCAUAUGUACACAAACUCAACUGUAUGAUCAUCUGUAUGGUGUAUGCUUCUCACAUGCUGGCCAUGUUUAUUAGGUUACCACACAGAUGUUAGAUAUUUUAUUGUUGUUGUUGUUGUUGUAUUUUUUCUCGUCUUGUGUAAUGAUUUCAUUCAGCUGCUACCUCAGUCUUUUAGUUUGACCGAAGACUUGUGCAUGUGUGUUGACUCUAAGGUUAAAUCCACUGUUUCCUGCUGGUAUGUGCACUACACUGCACAUUGCCAUUCUACACAUUUAUUUAAAGCGAUAUGGCAUUUUAUAGCCAUUGACAAUACAAAGCUGUAGCGUGGUUGGCUGCAUGCUGCGGCUUGAAAUCCACUAAAAAGAAAAUCUGAAGAUAUUUUUGAGUAUGGGUUUUUAGAAGUGAUAAUCAUGAUGGAAUCUAUUCAGGGCAAUGUUUAAACAACUUUUACUUUAAACUAUGCUUACUCUUUGAUGAUGGCAACAUUGUUGUUCUGGCAGAAUGGACAUGUUGGGUGUCACUUGCUGUAGUGCAUAAACCUAAAAGUGAGUAGCCCACAUCACUGUAAGCUGAAGGUACUCUAAUUUAUGGAAUUAUGCAUAUUAAUGAGCAUUGAAGUAAUUGCUCUCGUAUGUAUAUGUAAAUUUUUUUUUUUUUUAUGUUGCCUGGCCUAAUGCCUGGGGAAAAAGUUCUGGUUUACAGAAAUAACUUUUGUCCACAUGUAGGGCAUUUCAGUUAUUUAUUAUGUUUAACAAUCUCAGUUAUACGUAUGGCUUCUUGUCAGCUGUAAAGGGCAUUUUUCAUUGUGGAGGAAGCACUUGUGUCCCUGCACAUGUUAAAAAGUGUCGAACCUUAUUAUUCUGCAGUAUUACUGUUUGAUGUAGAGUCCAAUCCGCUGGCUGGAGAUAUGUUAACCCUGUACAGUGUUUUAUGUGUAUUUUAUUCUGUGUACUAUCAUAACUUAUAAAUCAUGUCUAAGCUUCUGGUGUCAAAGUCACCUUACAUAAAUACUGAAGGCUCUCAAGAAGAAGAUCUACAUACUUUCAAACAUUAUACUUCAUUUUUUCAACAGCUAUAUUUAUCUUAGUGUCAGCUGUGUAUCAAGUGAUAAAGAGGUUGACUUUUAUAUUCAAGAGCUGUGACUAACAAUUGGUGACAAGGGAUGUAACUCUACAUCAUUUUAAACUACCCACUAGUGCCCACAUUCUGGAGCAAGUGGGUCUUACUUAAAGUAGGGUAUCCUAGCAUGUAGUUCUGACAGUACUAUUGUUAAGAUAGCAUUAAAGCUUAUCUGUCAUAUGGAAAUCCACCAGUUUCUUUGAUUUGAAAUAAGUAUUGUGAGACAAGGUGUACCUCCUUGAUCUUUUAUGUACAGAAUUUGGCCUGUGAAUUCAUUUUGUAAAUUAACUCUUGUACACAUACACAAUUGACACAUGUAUCAGUGUAUGCUGUAUGUGCAAUGGUGUUUUUCUGGCCAUGUGAGCUUGUUUUGUAUCUAUAUUUUACUGAAGCCCAUCAUGGAUUGGUCUAUUAAAGCUGUGAAUUAACAUGUCAUAGUGCAGAUUUAUAAUGUGUGAAUGAACAAGUAGUCUCUCUUUUUUUUUCAAAAUGUUAAAUUUCAUGAUUGUGCAUGCUCAAUGUCACAUGUUUAGACAAAUGGCAGCUGAUCAUUACCACAAAAUUUACAUGUAAUCCACUUUACCGUUCAAAGGUUGAUAUAACAAACCAAUUUUACAUACACUGUGUGUUGUUCCAAGAUUGAUAUAACAAAGGCUAUGGGGACAGACUGGGCUUGUUCAUGUGACAUUCGUUAAAUUCACAAAUCAGUCAAAUGGUUUUUAAUUUAUUGAGAUUUCAUGAUGGAACUUGUCCUGUUAAAAUCCAUAUUGUCCACAUGGACAUAAACAACACAGUAUACAUCAGGGAAUGAACAGACGAAUCAAAUUUAAGGUUAAUUCAUAAUAUACUGCUUUUCACAGCAUUUCACCAGGCUUCUGUCAAAAUAAUGUAAACAUGUCCCUUUAUUGUCACCCAUGUAAUGUUGCUCUGUGUUUUCUUUUUAUCCAUUUAUUGUAAUUUUGUGAACUGAAGUGCCAAGCUGUAGACAUUUUAAUUGUCAUAAUGUGUCUUGUGCAUUUUUGUUUCUCUUGUACUGAUGAAUCGUGAGUAAGACUCACUCCACAAGAACAAAGUGACACCAGGCAAAUAAUAAGCCAUAAUUUUAUUUCUAUUAGAUCAAAAUUUUUGCAAGCUUCUUUUUGUCAGAUGUUAUUGCAUAAUUAUCAUCAUUCAGUGCGGAUUUGUUUUAAUAUGCUGCCUUCCUAGGUGUUGAUUAAAGAUCUUCAUGUACUUCCAUGAAAUAUUAUCGCAAGAAUCUAUAAUAUGAUUAUUUUACAUUUGGAUACUAUUGGAACAUUUAUUUGUGAUAAUUGUGAGAAGUGGAAAUACUUACAUUGUGUUUAGUGGGUUAAUGAGGGAUAGCUUUGAAAGCUGUUAUGAAAUUCUUAAGAAUGUGAGGAAUCAGAGUGCAUGUGUUAGCCCAUAGGGAGGUGGUAAACUUUACAAAUACGGAAAUUAUGACACUGGCAACAUGAAGUCCCCAGCAACAGAUAAAGCAAUGCAGGGUGGUCAUUGACAUUCAUAAUCCAUUUGUUUCUCAUUUCCGCUGUAGCAUGAUCGAUUAAGUGCGCAACAUCAGAACGGCAUGACGAAUGAUUCCGGUUUGAUUGUGCCAGAGUACUUCCUUUUUAGUCGGUUACCUGACAAUGCUAGUCAAUUUAUUAAGUAUGACAAGGUGACCGGAUGUAAAUAUUUGCUGUAUUCACUUUGUACUUUAUGAAUGUGCAUGCCGAUACCAUUUCACAGAUCCAUGUCAAUAUGGAAGGCUCAGAAAAGACAAGUUGAUGUAUAGUUUACAGUGGAAAACAUUCAUGUAUGGCUUCAAGGUCACUUUCUGAUGUCCUCCUGUGUAGAAGUUCUCCAUUUUCUCGUGGUUACGUAGUCAUUGCCUGUGGUCGUGUCCUCAGUUAAUAGUGAGAGAUUCUAUAAGACAACUUAUUCAAAGGUGUAAGUUAUCUUCUUUGCAAUAAAUGAUGAAAACUUUAAUUAGA